UGGCUUUUUCUUGUCUUUUGGCAGAAUAAUCACAUGAAGCCAGGCACUCUCUCUUACAGAAUAAUAUGGGUACCCUCCAUAAUAACUUAUAUUAUAUUUCUUGGCUUUAGCUAUUCUAACAUCCCUUGUUUUCUUCCUUGUACUGUCUGAAACCUUUGAAAGUUAGCUGUUUGCUUCUACUUUGUUAUAGAAGCAAAAAAAACCUUCCAAUAUAGCCUCACUGCUCUAUUUUUUCUAUUAUGCAAAUGAUACCCGGUGACCCCUUUUCACUAUCCACUUCCAUUGGAGGACUUUCCAAUGAACAAAACACAAACGCAAACUCAAACCCUAACCCUAAUCCCCCUCCACUCACCAAGAAGAAGAGAAAUCUACCAGGAACACCAGAUCCAGAUGCGGAGGUUAUUGCUCUCUCGCCGAAGACUCUCAUGGCCACGAACCGUUUUGUCUGCGAAAUAUGCAACAAAGGGUUUCAGAGGGACCAGAAUCUUCAGCUUCAUAGGAGGGGUCACAACCUUCCAUGGAAGCUACGACAGAGGUCAAACAAAGAGGUUCGAAAGAAGGUUUAUAUCUGUCCAGAGAAAACAUGUGUCCACCACGACGCUGCAAGGGCUCUCGGCGACCUCACCGGAAUAAAGAAACAUUACAGCAGAAAACACGGUGAGAAAAAGUGGAAGUGUGAAAAGUGCUCCAAAAAAUACGCAGUUCAAUCUGAUUGGAAAGCUCACACCAAAACCUGUGGCACCAGAGAGUAUAAGUGUGAUUGUGGCACUCUCUUUUCCAGGAAGGACAGUUUUAUUACUCACAGGGCCUUCUGCGAUGCCUUGGCUGAAGAGAAUUCGAGACUCACCUCAGUUGCUACAAGUAGUCUAAAUUUUAAGAGCGAAGAUGUGAUGAACGCACAGGGUGGUUUGUCGUCAUGUGGAUUAAUCACCGGUCAGGGAAUGCAAAAUGUUCCACAAUUUGGUUCGCAUAUAUUCCACCAAAGACCAAACUUGUCACUGUGGUUGAACCAGGGAAAUCACCACAUGAACAAUCCACUUGAUGUGGCAUCAUCAAGUUCUUCAGGUUUGCCUGAGGGAUUGCAAAUGGCACAAGCUAAUAAUACCAUGCUUGGUUCUUCUUCAAUAUUCUCCAAUUUUGGAAUGCCACCUUCUAAUUCAACUAAUCCAAACCUUUCCUUAUCUCCACUAAUGGGGAAAAAGGGAGAGGGUGGAGCUUCAGAUUUGACAACCCUUUAUUCCGAGAGUCAAAGCAAUAAUUCAAACUCAGCUUCACCGAUGUCAGCCACUGCUCUUUUGCAAAAAGCAGCACAGAUGGGUUCCACCAGAAGCACCAAGCCUUCAAUUUUCAGUGGCAGUUUUGGAGUUAUGAGUUCAUCUUCCACCCAAACCACUACUCUCAAUAGCAAUACCGCAAGCCAAAACUGUGACCAACUUGACGAAGCCUUUCAAAACAUGAACCAACAUGAGAAUUUCAAUGCAACAAGCAGUGGCUCAACUAUGUUGGGUAGCUCCACUAACUUCAGCUCAUUGACGCAUUCAUCAAACGGUUUUGACGAGUUUAUGAUGCAAAACAAUAUGAAGCUCCACCACCCUGGCUCAAACACAGUGGAACAUAACUUGACAAGAGAUUUUCUUGGCGUGAGUGGAAGUGGAGGUGGACAUCAUCCAUUCCUACCGCAAGAGUUGGCAAAGUUUGCUUCGUUAGGCUCAUCAAUGGGUUUGAACCAAUUCACUGCAGGCCAUCAAUGAAGCCCUUUCUGAUCACUAUAACUCAUAUCAUGACAUAUCUAGUGGUCCCAAUGAGACUGUGGAAAAUAACACUGAUCAGUUAUUCGAAAGUUGGUGAUGCUUCAAGUUAGAGCGAGUUGGUGAUCAGAAAAUGGUUCUUUGUGUUGUCAGAGCUAGGUUGGGAGGGUAGAAGGGACCCACUGCAUGUUUGAGAUGAAAGAAGGAACAGCUAUUUCCCCGAGAAGUGCAUGUUCUCCAAGUAGUAGUUGUUGUUCGUUUGUCUUCUGUUUUAACCUUGUUAUCGUUUUUGGCUUCUCUUACUUGAGAGAAGUGAAAGAUAUAAAGUAAUAAAAAAAACAUCUAAAAAAUAAA